AUGUUUGUAAAGUACGUGAAUACACCAAUAACUAUCGACUGCCCGGAGGAGGCAUAUAGUGCCGAUACUCUGACAGAAGCUCCGGUGUCCUCCAACUUCUCCUUUAUUGCUAUUCCCAAUAUAGAGGGGCAAGUGUCGACAUAUCAGAGACCUGGAUUUAAUCGGAAAAACUUCGACCAGACUAAGCGCAUUGAAAAUCAACAAGAAAACAUCAACAGAACUGUAAUGUCAAAAUUAGUCAGGAUUGUUGCUGUGCCGAAUAAGGAGAAAAGAAAUGUCAAGGAGGCGGCUGAAUUCUUUCUCAAGGAAGUCGUGAAAAGUACAAGUCCACUGAGCUGGCAUUGA